AUGAAUGCCUAUCUUCUUGAUAGACGUCUUGAAUGUUUGUGUACAUUAAUUGUAUACAUAUCUGAAAUUACCAAUUCUUCAUUAAAUAUAAAUAAUACAAAAAAACUUCCAAAAUUGAAAUGUUUCUCACUGAGAUUGGAUUGGUAUACAUCUUGUUAUGACAAUAAAAUUGUUCCAUUACUUCGUCGAAUGUUAAAUCUUGAAGAAUUAACAUUAUUUAUUUCGGUAAUAAGAACUGAAUCAACUUAUAUUAAUGGUAAACAAUUAUACGAUGAAGUUCUUAUUCAUAUGCCACGAUUAAAUAAAUUUACUUUCAUUAUACACUCAUGUUACCAACAAUGA